AUCCUCGGCCGCCCCCUUUACAGAUGUACACGCUCUCCAGACGGGCGUCAUCAGAAACACAGCACAUCUCCAAAUCAGCAGAGAUCUUUCACAUGACGUUAGGGCUUUUGAAGGAGAAGGCGAACAGGAGACAUAGAAGAUCACUGCCUGUGUCAGAACUCCUUUCCGUGAAGGCAGUGGAGUGGAUAGCAAACCUGUCUGGAUGCCCUCAGACCUUUCAGCCCACCACCUGCGCCACGGAAGGAAAAUACCGCAGCAUCUCUGGAGUCUGCAAUAACAGGAAGAACCCGCUUUGGGGAGCAGCCAACACUGGCUUGGCCAGAUGGCUCCCCGCGGAGUACGAGGAUGGAGAAAACCAACCCAAAGGCUGGAACGCUGGACGCCAAUACAGCGGCUUCCAACUUCCUCCGGUUCGAGAAGUCAGUAACAAAAUCAUGCGUGGCUCCAGCAUGUCCAUCCUGGAGGAUAACGUUUACUCCCAGAUGCUGGUGGACUGGGGCCAAUACAUCGACCAUGAUAUCUCCUUCACACCUCAGAGCUCCAGCCAAACCGCGUUCUCGGAGGGACGGGACUGUCUGCACACCUGCACCAAUGCCAACCCCUGCUUCCCAAUGCAGAUUCCCAAGGAUGAUAAACUUUCCAGAAACAAAAGCUGUCUUCCGUUUUUCCGUUCUUCACCCGCCUGCCUAAACGGCCAGAGAGACGCACAACACGUUCGACAACAGAUGAAUUCAGUCACGUCCUUCAUAGACGCAUCAACCGUCUACGGCCAUUCGAAAGACCUCGAGAAAAUCCUCCGAAACCUCUCUGGCUCUGAAGGUCUCCUGGCUGUCAAUAGUAAAUACACGGAUAAGGGCCUGCCGUACUUGCCCUUCGUCUCUGUCCAGCCAUCCGCGUGCCUCCAGGAUCCCGGGUCAGAGCGGGUCGAGUGUUUCGCGGCAGGUGACAGCAGGGUAAACGAGAUCCUGCCCCUGUCUGUCCUCCAUACGCUCUGGGUGAGAGAACACAACCGGCUGGCCAAACACCUGACACGACUUAACCCUCACUGGGGGUCAGAGGUCAUCUACCAGGAGACUCGCAAAAUCAUUGGAGCGCUGCAUCAGAUCAUAACCAUGAGGGACUAUGUUCCAAAAAUCAUUGGACGGGAAGCGUUUGAUGAGUAUAUCGGACCGUACGAGGGCUAUAACGACUCUGUGAAUCCUUCUGUGUCAAACGUGUUCGCCACGGCUGCGUUCCGCUUCGGUCAUGUGACCAUCUCCCCGGUGCUCCGGAGACUGAACGAGAGCUUCCAGGAACACGAGCGCUUCUCUUCUCUGAAUCUUCAUCAGACCUUCUUCAGCCCUUGGAGACUGAUAAAAGAAGGUGGACUGGAUCCGGUCCUGCGGGGUCUUGUGGGCCGGCCGGCUGCCCUGCAGGACCAGGACCAUCUAAUGACAGAAGAACUGACGGAAAGACUCGUGGUUCUCAACAUCCCAGAGACUUUAGAUCUGGCAGCUCUGAACCUGCAGCGGGGACGAGAUCACGGCUUACCAGGUUACAAUGACUGGAGGGUUUUCUGUGGAUUUGACAGAGUUGAAACCAGAUCAGAUCUCGCAGAGGUGAUCGGCAAUGAUGUUUUGGUAGAGAAAGUAAUGGAUUUGUAUGGACAUCCAAACAACAUUGAUGUGUGGCUGGGAGGAGUGCUGGAGCGUACGCUGUCUGGAGCCAGGACCGGACCACUCUUCGCAUGCUUGAUCGGAAAACAGAUGAAGACGCUGAGGGAAGGUGACAGAUUCUGGUGGGAACAUCCCGGUGUCUUUUCCCCAAAACAAAGACAGGAACUACAGAGGCACUCUCUGUCUCGUGUCAUCUGUGACAACAGUGGUGUGACGGAGGUUCCUCUUGAUCCGUUCAGAGUAGAAACUUACCCAGAGGACUUUCUCUUCUGUGGGAACAUCCCAUCACUGGAUCUGGAGGAAUGGAAAGAGCAACCUGAUGACGACUUGAGACUCUGACCGCAAGACGAGUGGCAGUUUCUCCGAGAUGCCGACGGCGACACCAGCGGCACCAGAACUGUGGUGUACCGCACAAUGACACAAGACAAAAAAGAGCUGCUGAACAUCGAGCACGUAACUACAGGACGCCUGUACAGAUCUGAUGAAUCGGGACUCUCUCAUUAUGUUGGAAUAUAAUACACUGAGCUGCACAGAGCGCAUACAGGCCCUAAUUAGUGAUGGAUUAAUAUUCUUUACACAGCCCUGCCUCAUUCUCCAACGGCACAAAAGCACUGAUCAGUGUAUCAUUUCAAAGCAAUUAUGAAUAUGAGUUGAACUCUGAACCGAAGACCAUGUAGCUUCAUGUAGAAUGCAUUUAUGUUGAGUAAUGUAAGUUCACCGUCAUAUCUGGUUUCAAAACUAAAAUAUAAAUGCAAUAAAUGUCCAUUUCCCAGUUUGUGACUUUAUUGCUUUUAGGCUGCAUAUAAUCCAUGCAUCUUUAUUGUUAAAAAUAUACAAAUGUAUCCUAUAUGUAAGCAAAUAAGUAAUAAUUUGAUAAUAAUAAUAAUAAUAAUUCACCUUUUGCAUUAAGAGCAAAUGGUGCAAACAAAUUAAGUAGGCUACUAAGUUAGUACACACUAAUUUAAACCAUAUUAUAUGAAUACUAGAUGAACCGUGUGUUCAAACCUAAAGCAAUGUCCUUUCUUGGCUAUUAAGUGAGUACAAAUCUAUUCAAACAGAUGUAGGCUACAUUUACAUUUUAAACCUGAAAUUAAACUCUUUGGUGAGGACGGACACCUCCGUUUUUGACACAAAUAGGCAUCACAUUUGCAUUCAGCCAUAUCUUGUCCUGGUUUUGUUUUAGAUAAUGGAAUACAAAAGCAAUCAGUUCUGGAAAAUGAGACGGCCGGAAUUAAAUAAAAUGGAGCCUUUUAGGCAAUCCAC